CUGAUUUAGAUACAACAAUAUCAGCAAUUACAAUACAAUUUAUUGAAUAUAAUAAUACACCUUCAAUAUAUGGAACGCACUUAUCAACAUAUAUGACAGAAAAUUUUAUAACUCCAGAACAACUUCUAUCUUCAAUGUUUGAAUUUGCACUAGCAUUAAUUCAAAGUUUAAAAUCUCGCUUUCCAGACACCAAUUUAUAUAAUGCUAUGAAAAUUUUUGAACCAAGAUUAUUAUCUCGUAAAGAAAUACCGAAAUUGAAAUACUAG